AUGCUUUCUGUAUGCCAUCUUACGCUUAGCUUCGUCAUUCUUUAUAUUAAAAUUCUACUAAUAAGCAGUGCAGACGUCAAAUGUUACAGUUGCUAUCAGGAAAGAUGUCCAAAGCCAUGGAGUCCAAAUAAUGUUCAACAAAUAACAUCUGUAGACGGUUGGUGUCUUUCAUUUAGUACUGAUAAUCAAACGAGUGAAUCUAUAUAUGCGCGAAAUUGGGCGCUACCUGGAACAUGUACAGAAAAUAAAUGUGAAUGGCGUAAAAAUGCUACUGAUGCUUCGUUCUAUGUUUGUUGCUGUAAUACUAAUCUUUGUAAUGGAGCAACUAGUGAAAUAACAACUACACCUAACAAUGGACAGAUACAAUUCAUCAGAAAUACUUGGUUUGUUUUCAUAGUUGCUUUUAUACUUUUGAUUACAUUGAAGUAG